AUGCGUGGCAGCGAUUUCGCAGUCGAUUGGGAUGAAUGGGACAUCCCGUACUUGCAAGAGUUGUUCGGUGUGAAGGACAAUGGACCACCGCAGCAAGAACUUGGGUCUGUGUCUCUCCAGCAAGGGCGUUUGCUCGCUUUUCCACACUGCCUAUAUCACCUCCUUGAACCGUUUGAACUGGUCGACAAGGCUCAUUCUAGACAUUAUCGCUUUCUGACUCUGUUGCGUGUUGAUCCUUACUAUCGGAUCUGCUCAACGCGAAAUAUGCCCCCGCAACGUCUCCAUUGGUGGGAGCAGGACGCACGAUCCCAUCUAUCGUCCGCCCAUCCAGUCCCUCGAGAAUUGGCAGAUCAGAUUAUCGCAGAGACUGGUCUGUGGCUCAUGGGACUGCAGGAGACUCAGCACCACCGGCGUGAACGAGCCAAGGACGAGGCGUUGGGUCAUGAGGCGGAGAGGAACGAGAUCAAGCGAGACGUGAUAUGCCUUGUGAAGCAAUUUUGA